AUGUUCCGUCGUUGCGCAGUCAAGUUUAACCCGUACGAUGUCGUUGUGAUCGGUGGCGGUCCUGGCGGUUACGUGGCCGCCAUUAAAGCCGCGCAGCUUGGCAUGAAGACGGCGUGCAUCGAAAAGCGCGGCUCCCUGGGCGGCACCUGCCUAAAUGUUGGCUGCAUUCCGUCGAAGGCGCUCCUCCACGCGACGCACUUGUACCACGACGCCCAUGCCAACUUCGCCCGCUACGGCCUCAUGGGCGGCGAGGGCAUCACCAUGGACACCGCCAAGAUGCAGCAGCAGAAGGAAAAGGCGGUGAAGGGGCUCACGGGGGGCGUGGAGUACCUGUUCAAGAAGAACAAGGUGACCUACUACAAGGGCGAGGGCUGCUUUGAGACGGCGCACAGCAUCAAGGUGAACGGCCUGGACGGAAGCUCGGAGGUGAUUGAGGCGAAGAAGACGAUUAUCGCCACCGGCAGCGAGCCGACGCAGUUGCCCUUCCUGCCGUUUGACGAGAAGGUGGUGCUCUCCUCCACGGGCGCCCUCGCGCUUCCGCGUGUUCCGAAGUCGAUGGUAGUGAUUGGCGGUGGCGUGAUCGGCCUCGAGCUCGGCAGCGUGUGGGCGCGGCUGGGGGCGCAGGUGACGGUGGUUGAGUUCGCGCCCCGCUGCGCCCCGACGCUGGACGAGGACGUCACCAACGCCCUCCUAGGCGUCCUCGCAAAGAACGAGAAGAUGAAGUUCAUGACGAGCACAAAGGUGGUGAGCGGGACGAACAACGGCGACAGCGUGACCAUCGAGGUGGAGGGGAAGAGCGGCAAGCGCGAGACGCUCAACUGCGAAGCGCUGCUGGUGUCCGUUGGCCGCCGCCCGUUUACCGCCGGCCUGGGCCUCGACAAGAUUAACGUCGCGACCAACGAGCGCGGCUUCGUGAAGAUUGGCGAACACUUCGAGACCAACGUCGCGGACGUGUACGCCAUCGGCGACGUCGUCGACAAGGGCCCGAUGCUUGCGCACAAGGCGGAGGAGGAGGGCGUCGCGUGCGCCGAGAACUUUGCGGGGAAGCCCGGCCACGUGAACUACGGCGUUAUCCCCGGCGUCAUCUACACGAUGCCGGAGGUGGCCUUCGUCGGCAAGAGCGAAGACGAGCUCAAGCAGGAGGGCGUCGCGUACAAGGUUGGCAGGUUCCCGUUCAACGCGAACAGCCGCGCGAAGGCGGUCGCCACCGAGGACGGCUUUGUGAAGGUUCUUGUCGACAAGACGACGGACCGCAUUCUCGGCGUGCACAUUGUCUGCGCCGCGGCCGGCGAGCUCAUAGCGGAGGCCUGUCUGGCCCUGGAGUACGGCGCGAGCUCCGAGGACGUUGGCCGCACCUGCCACGCCCACCCGACAAUGUCCGAGGCCGUGAAGGAGGCGUGCAUGGCGUGCUUCGCAAAGGCCAUUAACUUUUAA